UGUGUGCGUGUGUUAAUUUGUAAACAAAUCUUACGUGGAACUUUGCUGUCAAAAAUUGGUUUAAAUUUUAUGGAUAGUUGCAUUAUUUUAUCAUGAAUUUUUUUUCGAGCGGUUUAAAAUCUGUUCUGGGAACACAAGAAGCAGCACAGCAGCCUUCUGGGGCUGAAACGGUUGAGCGUUUGGUUGAGCGAGUUUUAUCAUCAACUUUAUUAGAGGAUCGUCGAGAUGCCUGCCGAGCUCUUAAAUCACUAUCCCGGAAAUACAGAGUCGAAGUUGGUGCUCAUGGCAUGUCAGCUUUCACCUACGUCCUUCAGACUGACUACGCAGAUUGUGAAAUAGUCGGGUAUGCCUUGGACGCUUUGUGCAAUAUCACAUCAGACGAGGAUUUUGAUGAAGAAGAAUGGCAGGACACAAAUUACAAGCCAGGAAGCAAUUUAGGUGCCCAGUUUACAGAAAUUUUCAUCAAGCAGCCGGACAAUGUGGGGCUGGUCCUAAGCUUCCUCGAAGAAUACGAUUUCAGAGUGAGAUGGCCGGCCGUCAAACUCCUGAAAAGUCUACUUUCUAGCAAACCCAAAGAAGUGCAGGAUAUUGUCCUGGUUAGUCCGAUGGGUGUCUCCAAACUUAUGGAUCUCCUGAGUGACAGCAGAGAAGUCAUCCGAAAUGACGCAUUGUUACUGCUUCUCCAAUUAACAAAAGGUAACGCCAAUAUUCAAAAGAUCGUCGCAUUUGAGAAUGCCUUCGACAGACUCUUUGACGUCAUCAAUGAUGAAGGCUACGCGGAUGGAGAUAUUGUUGUGGAAGAUUGUUUGCUUUUGAUGCUUAAUUUGUUGAAAAAUAAUGUUUCUAAUCAAAAUUUCUUCAAAGAAGGCAGCUACAUUCAACGACUGGCACCCAUGUUUAAUAUUUUAAACGAUGAUGAGCUGGAUGUUGGCUUGACACCUCAAAAAGUUUCUAAUAUCAAUGCUGUGUUACAGAUCAUAAGGACACUGGUCUCACCAGCGAAUCCAGGUCAAGCAACUGCCUCUUGUCAAAAAGCGCUGCGGGCAACUGGCAUCGUAGAGAAAUUGUGCAGCAUCUUGAUGGCCGGUGGAGUUCCUGUAGACGUACUCACCGAAACCAUUAUAACUGUUGCUGAAGUUAUACGAGGAAACCUGAGUAAUCAGGAAUACUUUGCGUCCGUCAUGGCACCUUCCAAUCCUCCAAAGGAAGCAAUUGUUGUCCUCCUGAUGUCCAUGGUCAAUGAGAGACAGCCAUUUUUCUUGCGGUGUGCGGUGCUGUACAGUUUCCAGUGUUAUCUUUAUCGUAAUGAGAUGGGACAAACCAAAUUAAUUCAGACAUUACUACCCUCUACCUCAGAACAACCAUCAGUGACUGCCGGCCAACUGCUUUGUGGUGGCCUUUUUAGUCAUGAUGUCCUAUCACAUUGGUUAUCUUCCGUCGCACUGUCUCACGCAUUGAUUGAAAAUCCUGCCGCCAAAGAAUCAAUGCUGAGAGUCCUUUUAACGCCUGUUUCCAGCCACACCCCAUUGUCUCUUCUCCAUCACAUCACAUUAUUACUUCAGCAGAGCAACAAGGUUCAAAGCAAACUAGGUCUGUUGAUAUUGUUGGCAACAUGGUUGUCACACUGUCCACCAGCCAUACGUCAUUUUCUGUCCAUUGACACCAGCAUAUCCUAUUUAACCACUCAGGCUGGUGCUACUGAACACGAUGAUAAUGAAGAGUUAGUCCAGGGAUUAUGUGCCUUCAUCAUGGGAAUCUGUACUCACUUCAAUGAUGAUUCGGUUCCCUCUUUCUCGAAGGAAAAUCUGCGACAGCUGAUCAACAAGAGGGUAGGACUGGAAGUUUUUCUAGACAAACUGAAUGAAGUUUCCAGGCAUGAAAUGUACAGCCGUGCUGUGAAACACCCUAACAUCCGCGUCAAUUCACCAAAUGAUUUACUGUUAGACCAUGAAUUUUGUAAACUUUUCAAAGCUCUCGAAGGUUUAGUCAUGAAGGCUGUGACUGUAAGUGCAACAGACUUAACAAACGGACCGUCGGAGAAUAUCGAGCAGUAUAAAAAUCUAAUCCGCGAGCAAGACAAACGUAUCACAGAGCUGAGCAUGCAUUAUGAAGCACUGCAUGCACAAAAUGUUGAGCAAGCAGCCAAAAUUCAAGAAUUAACUGAUCAAAAUUUAAUACUGAAAGCUCAGCUGAGCACCACCUCAGCAGCCAGUCAGAUAAAUCAAGGCUCACCGCAUGGUAUUAAUGUAGUACAAGAGAAGGAUCAGACUAUCGCAAGAUUGGAGGAAGAGCUGAAGAAUUUAAGGUUACAUUUAGAGAACAGGCCUCUGAGUGCAGCGGAAUCUCAAGCAGUUGAUUCAGAGGUUAUUUACCUCAAGAGCCAAGUUCAGGCACUACAACAAACCGAGAGAGAACUGAUGGAGCUUCGCAAGGAUCAAGAAGACCUGCUAGAGCUAGUCGCAGAUCAAGAGCGGGAAAUAGAAUUGCUCAAAAGUCAAUUGCGAGUAAAUCAAGAAAAAGAAGAAGACCAAAGACAGGAGGAGAUCUGUCCAAUAAAACAAGAGCCUUUUGAACCUAGUCCCGACCGAGAGGAAAAGCCUCAACCUGAGAAUAUCUCUGAGGCCCAAGACAAGCCUCAAAUGAUAUCAUCAGAUGAAGUCCACCCAUGGCUUUUGCUGUUGUCCAAGGAAGGUGACUUGGCUAAAGACUUUGAAUCUCCUCUUCAAGCCGAAUAUCAACGGGACCUGAAAAGUCACGAAUCAGAUUCAUCAUCUCCGGCACCAACCCCUGAACUUAAAUUUGAUCCAGUGAUCCUUCCUCCCACCACACCUCUCUCCACUCCUACGCCCCCCACCCAAAUCUCAGGGAGCUCUCGUUCAACCCCCAAUAUCUUCUCUCCAGUCCCUCUUCCAUCUCCAAAACCUCCUUCCACCGGUCCUCCGUCCCCUGGACCAGUCACCGUGCCUUUGUCAGCCCUCUCAGGCGAGUCCGAUGCUCCAGUAGGUGAUUUUUCGAACAUCUCCAACGAGCCGCUAGAAGUGACUACCCUCCCGACGGAACCAAUAGCUAUCCCCAAGUCCUCCGCCUAUUCGACCUACUCCUGGCAGGCUACCUCCAAUGCUACUGAGCCUGUGCCGCUAUCACAACCAAAUUCGUCUGAAAACUCAGCAAGUAUUUACUCACCACCAUCAAGUACAAUUUCCCCUCCGACGACAAGCCAACAAUCAGGAAUGUCGAUGUUCUUUCCGUUUAGUAGCUUUGCAUCAGGGUUUAGCGGACUCUCCUCAGGUGCAUCUACAUUGCCGCCCAGCAGCAACGAAAGUCAGCUCAAAUCGGAAGAAGCCUCUCCUUCAACAGCUUUCUCCCCGUUGAGGAGUGAUGAUAAAAGUGACUCACCAGUCCCUCCGGUGAGUAGCAUCGGCCCACCACCUAGAAUGGAACCGUCACCGGGAGUCUCUAUUUUCACCCCAGCAAGCAGUGAUGUAAACCUAACGAAAUCAGAAACAGCUCCUCCGACCAAUGACAUUGGCCCUCCGCCCAAAUCUGCAUUUCAACCACCUUCCAGCAUGUCAAUUUUCACCCCAAAUAGAAGUAAUGUAACCCCGAAUGAUACCAAAGGGCUUAGUGAUAUUGGUCCACCACCCAUACCUGCGUUUCAGCCACCAACCGGAAUUUCAAUCUUUACUCCGGCGUACGAUGAUGUAAACCUGAACACCUCAGAGUCUAACGAUAUAGGCCCUCCACCUAAAUCUGUGGUUCAACCACCCCCUGCAGUCUCAAUUUUCAAUCCUGCAAAUAAUGACGUAAACCUCAACUCGGAGAGGACUCCAUCCAAUGAUAUUGGCCCUCCACCCAAAGCUGCAAUUCAGCCACCACCUUCAAUUUUUAACACAGGCUAUACCGAUAUCAAUCUGAACGACUCAGCCAGAAACAGCAUUCCGUCGCCAAAACCCACAAUGCAACCACCAACAGGAAUUUCAAUUUUCACCCCAACGAAUAACGACUUAAACCUAAAUGAUUCAGAAAGAGUUCCUCCGCCCAGUGACAUUGCUUCUCCACCAGGAAUCUCGGCCUCUGUGACAAACCAGACCAAAUCGGAAGCAGAUGCCCCGCCCAGCAUCAUGGGCCCUCCGCCCAAAACGAAACCGCUAGCAGGAAUGUCCAUUUUUUCAUCUGCCAGCAGUGAUACAAAUUCAACUAAGUCAGAUACGAAUCCUUAUGGCCUACGGGCCCAUCCGGGUGGAAACAAGUUGCCAUCUGGCGUGUCCAUAUUCACACCAGCAAGCAUUACAACCGAUGAAAAACCGUCGGAACCAAUUAACGAUUCAUCCUCAGCCCAAACGGAAUCUUCCUCCUCAAGUAGCUCGCCUCCUCAAAUUGGAAAUCAGUCUUUAUUUACGCCUGUCAAAAACCAGACCCUAUCAGAUGCCUUCGCUUUGCCUAAUAACACCACCCCACCUGGUGUUUCAAUAUUCACGCCUCCAGAGCAAAAUGGAACCAAAAUGUCUCAGAACCAGUCCAGUUAUCAUUCGAAUGGCACGGCCCCUCAGCAGAGUAACCCUAUAAUUUCAUUUUUCAACCCCUUAAGUAGCGGAAACCAGAGUCAGUCGGAGAGUCAGCCGAGUAGUGUUUUGUCGAAUGUCUUGUUCUCUCCCCAAAACCAACCAAACGUUUCAGUUUUCAAUCCUCUGAACAGCGAUAACCAGAGGUCUCAAACGAGUAGUGUUGCGUCGAACGGCAUAUAUUCUUCUUCAAGCCCAUCAGGCGCAGCAGAUUUCAUCCCUCAGAGCAGUGCUAAUCAAAGCCAGUAUGGAGCGUUAGCCUCGAGUCAGUCUAAUUCUUUAUUCUCUCCUGCUUCUCAACAACAGUCGCAUUCCGCACAGCCGACAACAGUGUUCACACCAAUGCCGCAGCCUGCCACUUAUCCAUAUCAGCAAAACGCACCGUACCAACAGGCACCCCAUGCAAUUCCUCAGUCAAGCGCUGAACCUCAGCCUCCAACUGCUUCCUCACUGUUCAGUUUCCAGUCAAGUAACACCUCUCCAUUUCCAUCUAUGUUCCCUGCGGCGGGUUUUCCUGGAAACCAAGUGUCCCCUCCAAUGCACCCUCCAACACAACCUCCGACACAACCUCCUCCACAACAGCAAUCGGGUCUAUUCUCGUUCAUGAAUCCCAGCUCCUACUUUAGCUCUCAAUCCUCACAGGCUGGAACGCAGCCAACGAGUAUAUUUUCAGCGCCAAGCUCUGUUAUGUCCAAUAAUAUAUUCCCAUCGUAAAAAUGGGUUUAAAUCUUGUAAAUUAAUUUGUGGGGUAGUUAUGAAUUGGAACGUGUGCUGAAAAUGUUUUGGAUAAAUUACAAGGCAUUUCAGAGGGGAAAAUUGAAUUCAUAACGCGGUAGUUUCAGUUUUAUUGACGCAACUGACAGCAAAGUAUGGCCUAACUUCCAAGUUAUGUUUGUUAAGUUUGGAGUUUCAUUUGUAUAAUCUGAAAUUAAAAAUCUCCGAAAUUUGGUAGUACCUAUUGAGAUGAAGAAUUAAGCUGAAAGGAAGGAUUAAACUGCUGUAAGUUAUUGCACAAUUAUUACAGUCGUUCUCUUAGAACAAGGAGAAAAGUGUUAUUUUUAGUAGACUCACUACUUAAUAUGAUAUGUGACUAUCAAUGGGGAAAGUGACCUUUGCCCUGAGAGGAAGGAUUUUCAGUAGAGCAAUUUUUGUUGAGUCCGGGUCUCAAGAUUUUGACGUAAAACUCUCUUCAGUGUCCUAAGAAACAAAAUAGCAUGUGGUUCAGUUCAUUAUUAUGCCGCCAAUAUUGUGCCCUGAACAGUUGAGUUUAGAAUUCUAAAUAGCUUUUAUUCGAAACCGCGUUUUUUUCUAGGCAAAAUUCAAACUGAUUUUACUCUAGUUUGGUUCGACAGUUCUAACCAUUUUUGGUUGUAAACUAUUGAUGGAUCAAUUCAUUCGUGUGAUAUCAGUAACUCCACUUUGAGUUUUUGUGGGCUGAAGUCCCUUUGCCCAUUGCUGGUCAUUUAUCAAAGGCUGAAGUCGGAAAAUGCGUUUCUCAGAUUACGACGUUGUAAGUCCUAGCUUACGUUGCAUUUUCUAAAGGAAAACUAUCCAGAUCUGUGAAUUUUCUGCAUUUCUUUUAAAUAAAUCACACAAAAUCGCAAGGCAAAGUUUUGAUUAGAUUACCUUGAAUAAAGUUUAACCUAAUCAGAGAUUUAUAGACCUUGCGUGUGAGCUACGAAUUCUUCGAAUUUAUCCAUAAUGUACAUAAUAGCAUUGAGACAGAGGCAUACGCAUGAGCAUUGGAAAAUAAUGUUUGGUUUUUGCUUGCUUUUUGCACCCUUGUUUGGUGGUUGUAUUUUUGGGUGGAAUAGUGGCAGAGAGUCAAUUCGCCGUCCCGCAACCUAAGAGCAAUAAUGCUGUGCUCAGGAAAAAUGUCGUCUUAGCCUCAAGACGUUGCCAAAUUUCUUUGAUAAAUUACGAAUUUUAAGAGGACUCUGUGAAUAUUUUACCUCAAUGAAAUUUUUCAGUAAAUUUUAUUCGCAACCUGAUCUAAAUUAUUUGAAAAUUUCAAGAGAAAAUAUUCACAACUCUCUUUAAUUUUAAACAUUGUAUUGGAGGAAGUUUAGCAACUCUCGAAUGUUUAUACAGUGUUUUUCCCCAGCACGGCUGUAUAUCACACAACUGCACUUACCUCUAAAUCUGAAUUUUAUCAUUGAAUAUGGUGGCUUUUCUGUUCUUGAAUAUUUCAAGAUUCGCAGCAAGCACUUCCUACAAGUUCAGAAUUUUAAUUUCGAUGAGUUUUGUUUGCUUUUCUAAUUUUUCCACUUAACUUAUCUAUUUCAAUUCUGCGGUUUUGCAUGAUGGGGAUUGUUAAAAUAUUCAUCAGUCUAAAUAAAUUUGAAUGGUAAUAACUGGUCAGCCUAACUGUAUUUCAUGUCGCUUAAUUUCCUCUCAGUUUCUACUUUUUUAUGACCCAGAACCAAACAGUAUAUUCCUCUGAAGCUUUUAGUGAAUUUUUGUAGAUUAUCACGAAUAUACACACAAAAUUCCCAGUUUCAGUGUUGUUUAGUUUUCUGCGAUAAAAAUAACAGGUUAAAGGAUAUUAGGCUACGUCUGAUACAGUUUGGCUAGUUCUGGGUAAAUCCAACCAAUUAGUUUAAUGUACAAUCCAGAAAUAUUUUUUCAUUUAUAGCACUAUAUUAAUUCAUUGAUUUUAAUAACGGUAACAAUUUAGAAGCUUUUUUUCAAAUAGUUAAUGUGAUUUGAUGCUGCUGAAGAUAGUACAUUGUCAUUCUCCUCAAAAAAGCUUGAAUUUUCAAUUGAACCCUUGCCUUUUUAAAACACAUUCCCUUUCAAAAUGGUGCUGAAUUUAUUGAUGAUGAUUUUAGCGAUGUAAGUGUAUAAAGCUUCUAAACCAAGCGCAAACUUUUUAGUAUUAUCUUUGAAUGAUUUUGAGAUUUGAUUUUUUAGUCUCCUAUUGGUCUCCUCUUUAAAACAAAGAACUCAUUUUUAUGGUCAUCGUGAAAAGUGGCAGAUGUUGUGUGGAUUUAUUGUUAAGCCUAAAUGUUGGCCCCAAUGUUUUUUGGUAACAAGUUAAAUCUUGGUCAUUUUAACAAGGCAGUAUUCUGUGCUUUAUUCUUUUAACAAUUGACUGACCAAUGACCUUAUCUUGUCCACCACUCUCCACUUUUCACUGUGAUAACUAAAGAAUUUUCAUUCAUUUUUCAAGUAUCUUAUUUUUUCCUCCUAAGAUUUCUAAUAUAAUAAUUGGUUGAUGCUCUAAAAGUACCGUAUCAGCAUGAUUCUUGCCAAACAGUCAGGCUCUGUCUGAUAAUCAACCUUCAUGGAAAAAAGUUUGGCCUGGUAUUGAAAUGGACCUGAGUAGUAAAGCGGAUAUAAUUCCUUGUCUCCCACAUGAAGAAAGGUACCUCUUUUGAGUCGUUACAGUAUUUCUACAAGCAUUUUGAGGCAAAAAUGAAUCAAAAAAUGUUGAGUGUCUGUUUUCAAAGGUGUAAAAAAAAUUACUGGAAAUUUCAGACAAAUAUGGGACGGUUUUCUCAAGUAAAAGUAAAUUGUUUCAAAGAAAUACUGAAUGAGUAACGCUCCUUUGUGCAAACGACCAAUCAUCAGCUGUCCAUUUUGAUCAAUUUCACUCUAAUCUAGAACUUAAUGGAAAUGUGCAUUGUGCAUGCUAUGGAUUUUCAAAUUAAUUGUACCUAUUUUAUUCAGUACAAAUUCCUUGGAAGCACUUAAUUUUGCUCAAGUCAUUUAAAAAACGAUUUAAAAAAAAUGAUUAACAAAAUUAGACGUGGAAAAACCAAUUUUGUAUUUUAAUGCAUUCUCAGUCAGAGAAUUUAGUUUGCAGUUUUAAAGAUCUUGUAAAGUACUGUGAGUCUAUGCGCUUCUCCGUAGUAAGAGUUCUAAUGCUUGUCGUUUUUACAUUUUUCCAUUCAAUAGUAGACUGAUUUUCAUAUUGUUUUUAUGAUCAUAAAUAGUUAUAUCGUUUUCCAAUUUUAUUGGACGUUCUGAUGGAACCAAAUAAAUUAUGUUUAUUUUAUGUCUGUUAAUUUGUGGUUAUUCAAGUAAAAAGAUUUUUCAAUCAA